AUGGCUCCAGGAGGUGGUGGAAAUAUCAAGGUGGUGGUGAGAGUACGGCCGUUUAAUAGCAGAGAAAAUGAUAGAGGGGCACAAUGUAUCGUUCAGAUGAAAGAAAACCAGACCGUACUCAUCCCGCCGCCGGGUGCCGUUGAUAAACUACGAAAAGCUGGUGGUGGGAAGGGUGCUGUAGAGGGACCAAAGACGUUCGCCUUCGACCGAUCAUACUGGUCUUUCGAUAAAAAUGCGCCAAAUUAUGCGGGCCAGGACAAUCUCUUCGAUGACUUAGGCGUACCACUUCUAGAUAAUGCUUUUCAGGGUUACAAUAAUUGCAUUUUCGCGUACGGUCAGACUGGUUCUGGAAAGUCCUAUUCAAUGAUGGGAUACGGCAAAGAAUACGGUGUAAUCCCUAGGAUUUGCCAGUCCAUGUUCGAGCGCAUCACUGAGAUUCAACAAGACAAAAACCUCGGGUGCACAGUGGAAGUUUCCUAUUUGGAGAUCUAUAACGAAAGAGUUCGCGACCUCCUCAACCCGUCGAACAAAGGAAAUCUCAAAGUGCGUGAGCAUCCGUCGACUGGUCCCUAUGUCGAAGACCUUGCCAAGCUGGCAGUGCGCUCUUUUGAAGAGAUCGAGAACUUGAUGGACGAAGGUAACAAGGCCAGAACUGUCGCCGCCACAAAUAUGAAUGAAACGUCUAGUCGAUCCCAUGCCGUCUUCACGCUUACCCUUACACAAAAACGCCAUGAUGCGGAGACAUCGAUGGAUACGGAGAAAGUGUCGAGGAUUAGUUUAGUCGAUCUCGCAGGAUCAGAAAGAGCAACAUCUACCGGAGCAACUGGUGCUCGGUUGAAGGAAGGUGCGGAGAUCAAUCGUUCACUUUCAACACUUGGACGUGUGAUUGCUGCACUCGCAGACGUGGCUUCUGGCAAAAAGAAAAACGCCUCUAUGGUUCCUUAUCGUGAUUCCGUCCUCACAUGGCUUCUGAAGGACUCUUUAGGAGGCAACUCCAUGACGGCUAUGAUUGCCGCAAUUUCACCUGCAGAUAUCAACUUUGAAGAAACACUCAGUACCCUACGAUAUGCCGACUCCGCCAAGCGAAUCAAGAACCACGCGGUUGUAAAUGAAGAUCCAAAUGCGCGGAUGAUCAGAGAGUUGAAGGAAGAGCUGGCACAGCUUAGGGCCAAGCUUGGAGGUGGUGUAGCCCCGGGAGCAGCAGGCGGCGCGGUGGCAGCAGCCGGUGGAGUACCUCCUGAGGAGUAUUAUCCUCCAGAUACCCCCUUGGAGAAGCAAGUUGUCUCUAUCCAGAAACCUGAUGGGUCUAUCACCAAAGUCAGCAAAGCAGAGAUCGUUGAGCAGCUUAAUCAAAGCGAAAAGCUCUACAAAGACCUGAAUCAAACUUGGGAAGAGAAGUUGGUAAAAACCGAACAGAUUCACAAAGAGCGUGAGGCUGCUUUGGAAGAGCUAGGUAUCAGUAUCGAAAAGGGCUUUAUUGGCUUAAGUACACCAAAGAAGAUGCCUCACUUGGUCAAUCUUAGCGAUGAUCCACUGCUUGCUGAGUGUCUCGUCUAUAACAUCAAACCAGGAACUACUAUGGUUGGAAACAUGGACCAAGGGAGUCAUGUGGAGAUCCGGUUAAACGGUUCUAAAAUCCUCGCUAACCAUUGUAAAUUUGAAAAUGUGGAUAAUGUCGUUACUAUUGUACCGGGCGAAGGUGCAGCGGUUAUGGUGAAUGGUCUUCGCAUUGACAAACCCAAACGAUUGAAAAGUGGUUUUCGGGUGAUCCUAGGUGACUUCCAUAUAUUUCGUUUCAACCACCCUCAAGAAGCGCGUGCUGAGAGGGACGAGGAUGAGGGCCAAAACGGAGGCGACACGGCGUUACAGUCCGUACGUCAGGACAUGCAACGUCAGCUAGACCAGCAAAAGGAAGAGUACCAAGAAAAGCUAAGGAAUGCAGAAUUGUCCUCUGGUCAAGGCGUCGAAAAUAUUCGCUCCGAAAAGGCUCGGAUGGAGGAAGCUCUCCGCGCAGCGAAAGAGGAAUUUGAAGAGCAACUGAGGAAACAGAAGGAAGUUUUUGAGUCUCACAUAAAAGACAUGGGCCAACCGCUUCCGAAAAUAUACGAAAAUGGUUUUGCAAAGUUGGAUACAAGGGAGCUCGAGAUCGCAAGAAGUGUUUUCCUCCAUUGGUCGCAGCAGAAUUACGUUCGUAUGGCAGAGAAGGUCUUGCAGCAUGCUUCAUUAUUGAAAGAGGCCCAAGUAAUGAGUCAUAUCAUGGAUAAGAAUAUUGUGUUCCAAUUUGCGGUCAUUGAUCAUGGGCAUAACAUGGCGUCAUCCUAUGAUCUCGUGCUGAACGGGAUCUCUGGAGACGAGGAUAUUGUGCUUGAUGAGGCUAAAAAGCCUUGUAUUGCUGUCCGUGUGAUCGACUUUAAACAAUGCGUCAUCCAUCUCUGGUCUAUCGAGAAACUACAACGCCGCCUUCAAGCUAUGCGCCAGCUGCACCAGUAUAUUGACCGCCCAGACUAUAUUCAACAUUUCAAGCUCGAAAAUCCUUUCUCUGAACCUUGUUCUCCGCAGUAUUCUAUGGUCGGCGACGCCGAUAUUCCGCUCACAGCAGUCUUUGAGACUCGUGUGCAAGACUUUUCGGUUGAAGCUACUUCACCUUACACCCAGAAUGUCAUAGGUAUCAUAAGAUUGUCUCUUGAACCGUCUUCGGCUCAAGCGCCAUCGUCAACUCUCAAAUUCAAUGUUGUCAUGCGUGAUAUGGUAGGGUUCGCUGAAUGGGAAGGAACUGACGUUCAUGCGCAACUUUUCGUACCGGGCAUCUCUGAGGAAGGAGGUGCAACAACGACCCAGAUGAUAAAUGGUUUUGAUGAAUCCCCAAUUCGGUUUGAAAGCGUUCACAGCAUGAGUUUACCGCUUUCCAGCCCGCGUUCGGCGGCUUUGAAAGUUUGCGUUUACGCGCGUGUAACUCAGAUGCAUCUUGACAAACUUCUCAGUUGGGAUGAUAUGCGAGACUCAGCAGAGCCACCCCCGCAGAAACGCAAGACCCCUCGUAUUCCGGAGUCAGAGUUUUACUCAGAGGAGAGACAUGACGUAUUUGCGAGAACUCAAUUGCUUGAAUUGGCUGAAACAGGCGAUUACCUCCCUGUGGAAGUAGUACAAAGUAAUAAUCUUGAUGCAGGCACAUACCAGCUCCAUCAAGGCCUCCAACGUCGGAUCAUGAUUAACCUUACCUAUAGUUCAACCGAGAGCCUACCCUGGGAUGACCUCAUCAAUAUUCGUGUGGGCUCUGUCCGGUUGCUUGAUCCGUGGGGCAAGAUCCCUGACCAGGAUCUUCAAACUCCUGACGUUCCGUUGAAAUUCGUGCAGGAGCCAGUGCGGAAGGACAAUGCGGAUGGAACAUCCAAUGUUACUAUCAUUGGCCAAUGGGACUCCAGCUUGCAUGGCUCUCUUCUCCUAGACCGGGUCACUGCGGAUAAGUAUCGUGUACAGGUGACUGUUAGGUGGGAGCUCAUCUCGUCACGGCUACAAGACAGUGUUCCCUUCGAGGUGGAUCUAACCCUUCAGAUCCAGGGACGCACAUAUGUGCGUCCCCAGUCCAUGUUCAAACAAUUCUUCAACUCGACUCGGAUUGUACAUUCAACGGUCCGCAUGUUUUCAUUGGCUGUUCGACCCGUCUCCGCAAAGCGAGCGGCUGAUCUGUGGCGCAUGAACACACAGAAUGAUUAUGUGAAGGGAGAAGAACUCUUGACGACUUGGUCUCCACGGAAGGUCUCGCUUGUGCGUGACUACGUGGCGGCUCGCAAACGAAGGCGACGGAUUGCCGAGCUGAACGCCGCAAAAGGGGCCCUCAGUGCCCACUGUCUCGCACCGUCAACUCCACGGAGCGGGAGGUCGACUCCUCUUCGGAAACUGGAGCUUACCGAUCGCAAAACCAAACUUCUCCAAAAGUACGUUGAACUUUGGGCCACAAAAACUGAUCCCAUCGAGACUAUCCUUGUCCGGAGCAACACGGAGCCCCCUCCAGGAGGUGCAGCUUUCGCCUCUCGCGCCAAGCAAACACCUUCGGGUGACGAUUCAAGCUCUGUCUCGGAAGAGGUGCCGCUCAAGCCACGAUUCGUUGCGACUAUCCAGACCCUUCCUAAGAACACAUCUUCCUUGAAGUCUGGAUAUCUGUUGACGCCGGACGACACCAACAGUCAUUGGGUGCGGCGUUUUGUUGAACUUCGUCGCCCAUAUCUUCAUAUCUAUUCCGCCGAAGGGGAUGAGAUAAAUGCUAUUAACCUGCGCAAUUCGCGGGUCGACCAUGCACCUGAUUUUGCGCGGUUGCUUGAUGGUCCAGGUGAGAGAGCUGACCAAGGCACGUCACCUAAGGGCCGUCCCAACGUAUUCGCGAUAUAUGGGUCCCAGAACACUUUCCUCUUCGCUGCCCGGACGGAGGCCCAAAAGGUCGAAUGGAUUUUGAAGAUUGAUGAAAGUUACUUCAGCAACAAUGCACCCAAGGCGAGCCCAGACUUGGAGUCUAUAGAAGACCUGUCAUCAUUGGCCAACCCGCCUGUUGCCAUGGGAACAUAA